AUGACGCGUCUCCUUAUCUCCAUGUGGCUUGUGGGGCAGGCUUCCAGCCUGACCUUCAAUGUCCCGGCCACACCUCCAUCAAAUGCCAGUGGCCAGCUCUCUGCUGCCCCAGUCGGGGUUUCCCUCGAGUUCUUUGCCUUCCCAGGGUACAUCAACAAUGUUGCCGCUACCCUGCCCUGCCUGGAAAACCUCAAGGACCUGACCGGGACUUGGCCUCCUAUGAGAAUUGGAGGAACCACUCAGGACCGAGCCACGUAUGAUUCGUCUUCCACCAAUGCCGUGACUUAUACCGUGUCGGACCCGAAGGAUGCCCCGGCAUCGCUCACAUUUGGCCCCUCCUUCAUGUCGCUGGCAGCCCAAUACAGUGGCAAGGUGAUUUUGGGACUUAACCGUCGUCUCAACAACAUCGGCAACUCUAUUGCUGCUGCAAAGGUUGCCAAGCAGAACAUGGGAAACCUCGAUGCAAUCGAGCUCGGCAAUGAACCAAACUUCUUCUCUAGCAGUGACCCUAUCGCCAAUGGUGCUUCCUGGACCGCCGCUGCUGAUUACGCCUCCGAAGUGGCGUGGCAAGACCAAGUCUGUGGCAACUUGACCACUUCAGGCCUCAUCUCGGCUGGCGUCUUCUUCGGCACCUCGCCCAUGAGCAUCAAGGGCCUUACAGCUGUCGAAGGCAGUGGGAACGACAACGUCAAAUACUACUGCUCGCACAACUAUCCUCAAUCCGGAGGCAACGCUAAUCUGGCCAAGUUGAUGAGCCACAGUGCCAUUGCUUCUCAGAUUAAACCGUUUGCGGCGGAAGCUGCCGCAGCCGCAGCCAAGGGUAGACCACAUAUCUUUGGUGAGACCAAUUCUGCAACUCAAGGAGGUGGCGGCAUCAGCCCAACCUUUGGUGCUGGCCUCUGGAUUCUUGAUUAUGUUCUCCAGUCCAUUCUCCAGGGCACCAAGGCUCUUUACUUCCAUCAAGGCACUAUCGGUAACUGCCAGUACUGUUGGUGGGGACGAUACAGCAUGGGCGCUCCCUACUUUGGAGCGUACUUUGCCACCAUGGCCCUCGCUGGGGCCGAUCAGCUUGCUCCCUUGGAUGACCAGACCAGCACGUACGCUGCUUACGCCAUCUACAAGAACGGCGCCCCCAUCAGAGUCCUCUUGUACAAUUCGGACUACUACACCAGCGGCACGCGCCCUACGCAGGUUUACACACUCACCGGCCUUUCCGGGUCCACUGUGACCGCGAAGCGUCUGACUGCCCCUUUUGCCACCUCUCGGAUUGACCAGGGCCAGAAGGCUACUGUUGGAGGACAGAGUUUUGAAGAUGGAACUUGCAAGAUUCAGGGUACGGCCGUGACUGAAACCGCCACUGUUAGCGCUGGAAAGGCAACAUUCACUGUAGGCGCCUCUGAGGCUUUGCUUAUCACACUGUAG